AUGAAUGUGACGGGCAUCACUAUAAUCUUGGCCAUGAUACUCUGUGCUACAACCAUUCAAGGCUUUCCCAUGUUCAUAAGAGGACGCUGUCUUUGCACUGGACCUGGAGUUAGAGCAGUGAAAGUGGCAGAUAUUGAGAAAGCCGCCGUACUUUACCCAACCAACAUCUGUGAUAAAACAGAAGUGAUCAUCACCUUGAAAUUACAUAAAGGUAAAAGAUGCCUAAAUCCAACAUCAAAACAAGGAAAAGCUAUCAUCCAGAGAGCUCAAAGAGUCAAACUUUCAAAAUAUCAAAAUGUAUGAAGUCCUGGAAAUGAGAAUUUGAAAGCCUAGAACAACUUU